CUCCUCGUCAUUUCCAGAGAGAAGAGAGAAGAGAGAAGAGAGAGAGAGGGUUCGAGAGUCUUCCAGAGAAGGGGAUCCAGAGCCGUCUAGGGUUUCUCUCUAUCUCGCGGGCGGCGAAGGCGGAGGAGGAGAUGUCGAUGGCGGCGGCGGCGGCGAGGGCAGCGACGAGGGCCCCGGGGAGGGCGGCGGCGCGGUUCGUGCAGACCAGGCUCCGCUCCUCCGGCGGCAAGGUGCUCGGCGAGGAGGAGAAGGCCGCCGAGAACGUCUACAUCAAGAAAAUGGAACAAGAGAAGCUGGAGAAGCUCGCACGCAAGGGUCCCAGCACUGGAGAGCAAGCUCCGUCCACCGCAAGCGCUGCAGCAGGGGACGUGAACACUGGCGUUGGCGGUUCGACUGCGUCGGCAUCCGCAGCAGGCACGUCGACCGACAAGAACAGGAACUACGCGGUGCUGGCAGGCACCAUUGCCGGGCUGAGCGCCCUGGGCUGGUACCUCCUGUCGAAGCCCAAGAAGACGGAGGAGGUGGUCGACUGAUGCAUGGGUCGGUCCCGUCCUGGCUUUACUUCCUUGCUGCACAUGACGAUGAUGAUGAUAAUAAGUUUUCCUAUGUCGCCGAACUGCAUGUCCGCCUUGUUAGCUGCUUUCUGAGAAUCUGAGACUGAGAUGAUGGUGAACUGUAGUGCGUAGUUGUUUUUGCUAUGAUGGCAGUUGGUACCUCUGGUUGGCAUGGUAUGCUGUGAUGGUGGUUAAAGAGAAAGAAGGCAUUUUGGAUUA